CUAGCUUCAACAUCAUCGCAAUGGAUCUUUCCUGUCGCCGCAUUAAAGUUGACUCCGAGCAUCACCACCACCCGUGAAAUGUCAAUCGAAAAAGAACUCUACGAACGUGCACGAGGCGUUGAAUUCCUGUUCCGUUUAGGCGUGUCUCUUGUGCUUCCGUCAUCGGCUCUAUUCACCGCGGCAACUUGGUUUCACCGCUUCUUCAUGCGGUUUGCGUUGGAAGACUAUCAUCGCCAAGAUGUCGCUGCUGCAUGCAUCUUCCUCGCGACAAAAACAGAGGAGUGUGGCAGAAAGCUGAAGGACGUCGCCAAAGUCUGCCUGGCAAAGAUUCACAAUAUACCACAUAUGGAAGAAAUUCCAUCAGACAGCCCACAAGUUGAAGAAUGCCAGACUGCGAUUCUGCAAGCGGAGGAGGCCCUCCUCGAGGCGCUAUGUUUUGAUUUCGUGGUAGAAAGCCCUCACGCGCACCUCUUAGAACUCUUCGAGAACACUCCAGCGUCGGAUGACCUCACCGAGACCUACGCCUGGAGCAUCGCAUGCGAUUCAUAUCGCACGCCAUUGUGUAUACUCUACACGCCGAAGGUCAUAGCUGCUGCCUGCUAUGUGCUCGCUCAGCGUGUGCGCGAAGGCCCACACUCUCCGUCCCUCGACGCCAGGAUAGCUCUCUCAGCGCCAGGAGCGUCAUUGCCGACACCCCCGACCCAUAAACCCGCUUCCCCCGAUGCUUCCCGAUACGCCGUGGACCAGCUCCAGCUGUCUGAACAGGAAGUAACCGGAGUUAGCGAUUCGCUUUCCAUCUUGCUCGAGUUCUAUAACGCACAAGAUCUGCAGGAUAAGGCCCAACACUUGUCCUCUAUUGCAUCGAUCCCGCCUCCGUCCGUGGCCCGGUCUCUAGAACGCGGGUGCCUCUAUCCACCCAUCUCCCACAUAGCGCUCAAGUCGACUGCGAGCACCGUACAACAUAAUUCAGAGCAAUUGCACAAUCUCACGCCGAACUCAGCGAACGGCAGCAUUACUCCGCACCGUAUACUAGAAGCGGAGCCCCAAGCGCCCGCCUCUGCGCGGUCGCCUCGACAAUGAAGAUGAUCAGUAACUAGAAUUCCUUUGCUUUGAGUCAUGUUACUCCUCUGUGACAAUGUACAUGUACAAGAAACAUCUGUAGCAUACGGUAAUAUAGGGGGCAUAC